AUGAAGCUCUCAUCCUCGAUUAAUAAUCUACUAAGAUUUAUCGUAUUGCUGUUUUUCGCAGGUAAUACGUUACUGUUAAUUUUUAUAGUCAUGUCAGGUUCCAUCAACCAUUCUCCUAUAACAAGCUUCUACUGGGUAGAAGGUGAUACUUCUGGUAUUGCAAAUGCUCCCAAUGUCACUAGAUGGACGUACUGGGGUGCGUGCUCCCGUGACGACGGCAGCACCCAUUGCAACGAGUUCCUAGGACCUGCUUAUCCUAUUUCACCAAAGGAUAACUUCAAUACCGAAGAAAAUGUACCACACUCGUUCAUUUCAAAAAGAGACUCUUUCUUUUACUUGAGUAGGUUCUCUUUCGUUUUUUUUGGUUUGGCUCUAUCAUUUGUUGGGAUGGCAUUCUUAUUUUACAUGCUUACAAUCUUUUCAAGUCAAUUGGUGAAAUCUGUAUUCAUUAUGAUGGUAUUCGGUUGUCUUUUCGACGUAUGCGCUACUGUCUUACAAACAGCUGUGUCUGUAAUGGCAAGAAACGCUUUUCAUGACGCCAAUCGUAGCGCAAAACUAGGUGCUUCAUUAUUUGGUAUUAUGUGGGCAAGUGUAUUUGUAUCAUUAGUUAAAUUCUUCAUACUUUGUUUCUGGAUAUCAAGAAAGGACUGGAAAGAGCCCUUUGAUUAUAGUUCCAAUCCAACGUCAAAACAGAAUAAUUUCACUUUCAGGAAAUUCUUCUCAGGAAAUGAACCUGACACAAGGGCAGUCCCUGACCCAGUGAUAAAUAAUGAGACCUUCCCUGCAGAACAAGAUCAGGCUCAGCCACAGCCCACCCAACCACAAGAAAAUACCCACAAGGGCAUCAACUUCUUCACUAUAAGGAGAGGACAAAAGACUGCCGAUGAUGUAUCUGUAUAA